AUGAGAACUGUCCUUCGUCGAAUUGCACUGACAUCACGAGCUUUAACGUCGUCGCAAGCACCUCUGUCUCUAUUUCAGCGCACAGCCCCGUCCAUCAUCCGCAACAUGUCCAACGCAACAGCUCCCGUGCUUAAACAGCGUGUUAAGCUCUCUCUUAUUCAGCUUGCGUCUGGCUCCGACAAGAAGGCCAAUCUUGACAGCGCAGCCUCGCAUGUUGCCAGUGCGGCUUCUUCAGGCGCAAAGAUUGUCGUUCUACCGGAAUGUUUCAACUCACCCUAUGGAACAGACCACUUCCCUCAGUACGCAGAGACACUGCAGCCAAGCCCUCCCUCCCGCGAUGAUGCGCCCUCUUAUCACGCACUUUCGGCAAUGGCCGCCGACAACAAGGUAUAUCUGGUCGGUGGAUCUAUCCCAGAGUACAGCCCAGACACGAAAAAGUACUACAACACAACUCUAAUCUUUGGACCCGAUGGAGCUCUGCUAGGAACGCACCGCAAGGUGCAUCUCUUCGAUAUCGACAUCCCUGGCAAGAUCACGUUCCGCGAGUCCGAUAUUCUCAGCCCUGGCAACAAGGUAACACUCGUCGACCUUCCCGAGUACGGAAAGAUAGCCGUUGCCAUCUGUUACGAUGUCCGGUUCCCCGAGCUGGCCACUAUCGCGGCUCGAAAGGGCGCCUUUGCGCUCAUCUACCCUGGCGCUUUCAACACUACCACUGGUCCUCUGCACUGGCAGUUGCUCGGUCGAGCUCGCGCUGCUGAUAACCAGCUCUACGUAGCUUUGUGCAGUCCUGCACGCGCUGAAACUGGUUAUCCUGCUUAUGGACACAGUCUCAUAGCGGAUCCAAUGGCGCAGGUCCAAGUUGAGGCGGAAGAGAAGGAGACCACAGUUGACUGGGAGCUUGACCCUGACAAGAUCACUGAGGCGAGGAAGAACAUCCCUUUGAACUCACAGCGGAGGUUUGAUGUAUACCCCGAUGUGAGUGAGGGUAAAAUUCAGUUCGAAGAGCCUUGA